UACCUCCCCUUCAGCUUCCUGGCUCAACGCUUUCCAGUAAAGAGUGGGCUGUGUUUUCUCACUCAAACUACAAUAAGACAACACGAAGGGAAGUCUGCUGUCGGAUCCCUCGCAUGUACACCAUUCACAAUAUUGCCUAAAGACAUUUGUCCGGGAGAUUGUCAAUGGUUGUCCGACAGAGCAUUUCUUCACAAAGAUGAUUUGUAGAGAGCGUUUACCAAGAAUCCCUUGCUUCACUUUCAUUUUGAUAUCUGUGCUCAUUUUCACGCAGUCUUUUACCUUUGCAGAUGAUACUGGUACAGAGGAUGAAGAGGAGGAAUGUAUCCAUGGACAUGAGUACUCUGGAGAAGUUUUUCUUAAGAACAGUUCUGAGGUUUUGAAGUUUUGCUGUCGAGAUGUGUCCAAUGACAGAAAAUGCGAAACCCAUCAUCAGCUACCAUCUACUCUCCAUGAGUUCAACUUUGAGAGGUUCACCUGUAUUAUGAACAUGACAAAUCACCUCCACUGUUUUUGGAGUAUAACCAAUCUUCCUGAAAAUGCAGAGUACUCGGCUGACUUAACCUAUAAGAAUUCACACCAGAUUUUAAGUUGUUUUCAAAUCGUGGAAAAACAAGCUGUUGAAUGCCAUGGCCAUGUAAUGCCCGAAGAAUCGGGAUUCAUGUUGAAAGUCAAUAUGUCUCUUCCAACGCUCUCGUACAGAAUUGGGAAAAGGUUUGACAGAGACGAUAUAGUAAAGCUCGAUCCGCCGGACAACAUAAGGAUUUCAAACGAUCUAACGAAAAUAAAAAUCAACUGGACACAUACAGAAGAAAAAGGGUUUUCUCAGAACCCUUCAUGUUUUAAGUAUGAGAUAAAGAUUAAUGAUGAGGUGGUUACUUUGCCAGAUGGCCAAUCGUAUUACAUUAAGCAGGACGUAGACGUUAUGAGGAAGUAUGCCAUUCAAGUCCGAGCCAAGCCAACUUCGAACUGUGGUGAUGCCAUUCACUGGAGUGACUGGAGCAGCGUUCUCGAGGUCGGACCGUUUGAAGACAAGUACCAUGUGAAUCCAUGGGUGAUAACAGUCAUUGCUUUUGUUCUUCCGAUGCUUCUUUUGGCCAUUCUGUUGCUCUGCAAGUGUCAAAGGCUCCCAAAAAAGCUUUUUCCUCCCAUCCCCGGGCCGUCUGUAAAUGUAAAAAACCUUCUUGAUGAAGUCGACUACAUCCAGGAUAUGUCUAGCAGAUAUGUUUACCACGACACUGAGGUGGUGCACACGGUAGAGGAAAGAAAUGCUUAGAUCACAUCUGAGAGAUCAUACCGGGAUCCAGAUAAACAGUUCUGAAGCGAUGAAGAAAAGAAAUAUAAUCAUUUGCACACAGUGAGAAGGGACAACAUGGAUCUUCUAUGGAUUUAUCUGCGAGAAUACAUCUUAAAAAUGGGGUUUCGGCUUCUGCUAUUUUGUAAAAAAAAAAUAUAUAUAUAUAAAUACAUGUUUAAAACAAUUUAAAAAAAAAUAUUAGUCACAGUUACUCAUGCAUAACCAGCUUCAGAAUAAUUCAGCCGGAAAAAAAUCAGCAUCAGCUCAACCAAUAUUCCGACUUUGGGGCGGGACUAUCAGGUUAGCCAACCAAUGGAAAUGCUAGUAGCACAGAAAUAACACUGAAAGUACUAGGGACUUUCCAAUACACUGAUCUCAGUGUGCUUCGGUUCCGUUUUCUGUGGUUUAUGGGCUUUUUUUUACAUUUUUCACAAUAAUUCAAACAAACCUUUUUCUUAGAUUGUAACAUGCACAGUCAUAUAUAUAUGACAAGCUACAAGUUUAGUUUAAAGGAGUUGUUUGUGUUGCUUUAAUAACUAAUUUCUACAAAAAUAUUUUUUAUGAAAAAAAUUUAAAAUCAUUGGCUCUAAAAUGUUUUGUCUGUUGUUUUGCCACAAUAAAAGCGUGUUGCACAGAAUGAGUCAAAUGAA